CUCUCUCAUAUACGCACGCACUCUUUCUCGCGCUCUCUCUCUCUUCACUCUCCAUUCUCGCUAUCAAUAACUUUUUGGGGUUUUUCACAGAAGUUAAAGAAAUGUAAUGUCCGAUGAUAAGCAUCUGAUUGCAAAUAUGAAGCAUUCUGCCAGAUAGAGACUACAGUGUGGCGAUUGCAGACGCGUACCUUGAGUGCACUGUCCCAGUGGCGCCAUCCACAUAAGAUGGGCAGUGCCGAAGAGGCCUGAGUUAACAGAUCGCCUGCUGCUGCUGUGUGCGUGGCAUGGAUCGUCAGUGACAAUCUUGGAGGAAGGGUGUGUUGUUUGGCCUUUGAAGAGCUCUCAUCCAGCAGAAGAGCUCUCAUCCCCCUACACCCCAUCAACCUCCCCACCUCCCUCUCCACAGCUAGCGACAGACCUUGGACAAUAAUCUCUCCAAGAUUUAUGAUGUCCUUGUGCCGGAGUGGAGGCCUGGCUCUUUGUUCAUAAGAAGGGUUUUAUAUCACCACUUUUUUUUUCUCUCAUCUUCUUCCUCAAUUGAAAAAGGAGUGGGACCAGCCGUGAAAUGGGAAACGUCUGUUUGACAUGUGAAGCCCAUCUGGAGAGAAAGUGUGUUUUCAAGGAAUUACUAAACAAAAAGGAAACGUCACUGUACGGAAUGUCGUUUUCCCUCUUUCCUUCUCAUUAACAACAACAUGUCGGAUUGUUCUGGCCCUUUAAACGCUUAGUCACAAAAUAAACGAUGCACCUACAGAAUAUGAGGACAAUGUGCAACAUUUCCUUCUGUAAUGUGGACUCGAAGAUCGACCAGUACUUCCAGCCUACGCUGUACAUCAUUGUCAUCGUCCUGGGCCUGCCCACCAACUGCAUGGCUCUGUGGGCAGCUUACUUGCAGGUGAAGCAGAAAAACGAGCUGGGCAUCUACUUGAUCAACCUCUCCUUGGCUGACCUCCUCUACAUCGGCACCCUGCCCCUAUGGAUCGACUACUUCCUCCAGCACGACGACUGGAUUCAUGGCCAGAAUUCCUGCAAGCUCUUCGGCUUCAUCUUCUACACCAACAUCUACGUCAGCAUCGCCUUCCUCUGCUGCAUUUCCAUCGACCGAUACCUGGCCGUGGCCUACCCGCUCAAGUUCGCCAAGGUCCGGCGGGUGAAAACUGCCGUGCUGGUCAGUUCCGUGGUGUGGACCAUUGAGAUAGUGGCCAACUCUGCGCCACUCUUCCACGACGAGCUCUUCCAGGACCGUUUCAACCACACCUUCUGCUUCGAGAAGUACCCCAUGCAAGACUGGGUGGCGGGCAUGAACCUUUACCGGACCUUUCUGGGUUUCCUGGUMCCCUGGCUGKUCAUGCUGGGUGCMUACCGGGGCAUUCUGCGGGCGGUGCGUGGCAAUGUGUCCACGGAGUGUCACGAGAAGGCGAAGAUCAAGCGCCUGGCGCUGAGUCUAAUCCUGAUCGUAUUGCUGUGUUUCGGGCCAUACCACGUGCUCCUGCUGUGUCGCAGCAUCCUCUUCCUCCAGAAGCCCUGCGACUGUGGCGCAGAGGAGGACCUGUUUGCAGCCUACCACGUGGCGCUGGCGCUCACCAGCCUGAACUGUGUGGCUGACCCCAUCCUCUACUGUUUUGUUAACGAGGGCGCACGKCAUGACGURGGUCARGCYCUCACCACCCUGCUMGGSGUC